AUGACGGAUGUUGGAAAUGAGAAGAGUAUAGUUGAUCCUAUAUGGAAAGAGCGUAUUGACCGAGCAUUUAAACAUAUCUCUCGUACAAUAGAUUUACGACAACGACGUGAUGUAGUGUCAUUUUUUGCAACAAUUGCUGAACACUAUAAAGACUUACGACAACCAACUAUUACUUCCGAGCCAAUUCAUAAUGAACAAAUUUCGAAACUCUAUACGACUUGUUCUUAUGAUGAAUUAACUGGUGAAAAAUUAAUUUGUUCACUUUCAAUUUUACCACAAAUCGAUCCAAUACCUCAUAUGUUUACUUAUGUACCAUUACAAAGAAAUUAUCUAUGUGACACAGUUACAAAUCUAUCAGAUUUAGUUUUAGAAGAAGAGGAUGAAGAUAUUAAAAAUCUUCUCAAUUCUGUUCAAUCUGAUUCAUCAAAUCAAGAACAACCUAUUCGAUUGUCUUCUACAUCAAAACGAACACGUCGUUUAUCGAAAACAUCACCAAUGAACGAUAAAAAAAAUGAAAUUAUUCUUGAUGAAGACCAUCUUAUGGAAUUAUUAAAGCGUCUUAAACAACAGCCAGGACAUACAUCAAUACCUAUGACAGUGGAUGAUGAAUCAAAUUUAUUCGAAAUAUUAAUUAAAACAUAUUCAUCCUCAGCCGAUCUUAUUCGAGAUCGAUUCGGUACAAUAUUUGAAUCAAAACAUUUACAACCGAAAGAAUUUACACCUAAUAUCGAUAAUUCAUCAUUAGCAGUUGAUACAACUGUAGAAAAUAUUUUACAUUCAUAUUUUAUGCUUUUUUGUCGUCGUUGUCAUCGAUACGAUUGUUUUUUACAUAGAGAUAAACAAGCUGUACCUGAUCUUAAUAUUGAACCUAAAAAUUCUAAUCCUAUGUGUCGUCCAUGUAGUCGUCAUUGCUAUAGAACAAAUCCUAUUCCACAAAGACGAACAAAAAUCGAACUUAAACGAAGUUAUAGUGAUUUACCUGAUAAUAAAACAUUUAAAUUACCUCUGAAUGGUUUUCAUUCAAAACGUACAAAAUUAAAUAUGAUUAAAACUGAGCCAAUAUCACCAAAUUAUAAUUUCUUAUCGAAUGGUUUUCUUCUUAAACCAUCAUUAAAACGAAAAUUAACCGAUGAAUUAUCUGAAUGGUCAGCAAGUGAUAAAUCAUUAUUUCGAGUUUUUUAUUUAAUUUAUGGUGAUAAUAUAUGUAUGAUUGCUGAUUUACUUGAUAAAUCAUGUUCACAAGUCUAUGUAUUUUAUACAAAUGAAAUUCAAAUUAAUGAAAAAAAUCAUAUUUUACAACGACAAUCUUCAACAAUGAGUACAUCAUCAACAGUUGGUUCAUUUUCAGGCGUUAGUUCAGCAUCAUCAGAUUCGAAUGAUAUAAAAACUAAUGGAGAACAACAUAAGAAGAAAAAAGUUCAUGGAUUAUCAAAAGCAAAUAAUGAUGAUAAAUCAACAGAAGAUACUACAAAAAUGUGUAAUGGAAAAGAUGAACAACAUCUAACUCCUAAUAAUCGUUCAUCUUCAUCUCGUCGUUCUCAUUCCUCAUCAUUUCGUCGUCAACGAAGUCAUCAACAAAUAUUGUUAAAUCAUCAUAAUAAUCUUUCAUCCGAAAAGAAACGCCAUACAUAUUAUCCAUGCGAUCAUGAUAGUUCAAUGCCAUGUAAUGAAGAUUGUUAUUGUGUACGUUCUGGUAAUUUUUGUGAAAAAUAUUGUUGUUGUUCACCAACAAAAUGUGAUAAUCGUUUUCCUGGAUGUCGUUGUCGUUCAUCAUGUACAACAAAACAAUGUCCAUGUUAUGCUGCUGCACGUGAAUGUGAUCCUGAUUUAUGUACACAAUGUGGUGCAGAUGAUUUUCGUAGUGUUAAUAAUGAAUUAAAAACAAGUACAUCAUGUUCAUGUCAUAAUGUUGCUAUACAACGUAGUUUACAUAAACCUUUAUUAUUAGCAGAAUCUGAUGUAGCUGGUUGGGGAAUGUUUACAACUAUUAAUAUACAACGAAAUGAAUUUAUUGCUGAAUAUUGUGGAGAAAUUUUAACACAAGAUGAAGGUGAAUUACGUGGAAGAAUGUAUGAUACCAUAGGUACAAGUUUCUUAUUUGAUCUUAAUGAAGAAUAUAUGGUUGAUGCAACACGUCGUGGAAAUAAAAUACGUUUUGCUAAUCAUUCAAUAAAUCCAAAUUGUUAUGCUAAAGUUAUUAUGGUUAAUGGUGAUCAUAGAAUUGGUAUUUAUUCCAAACGUUUUAUAACUGCUGGCGAAGAAUUGUUUUUUGAUUAUCGCUAUGGAGCCAAUCAUCAUUUACGUUUCGUUGGUGUUGAAAAAAAUACUUGUGGAGAUCAAAUUGAUACAUAA